UCUCCGGUGGCAGCGGCGCCGUGAGAUGGCAAUAGUCCCCACGUGGCGCAGUGAGUGGAGGUAGCAGGCUUAGACUCUCCCCGGCCUCGAGGGUCCGCGCCCGCUGCCCGCAGACAUGCCGAAGGUCAAGUCGGGAGCCAGCGAUCGUCGCCGGGAGCGGCAGCAGCAGCGCCGAGAGCUGAAGAGCGCGGGAGGACUCAUGUUCAACACGGGGAUUGGGCAGCACAUUUUGAAAAAUCCUCUCAUUGUGAACAGCAUUAUCGAUAAGGCUGCCUUAAGACCAACUGAUGUGGUACUGGAAGUCGGACCUGGAACUGUUCCGAAGCUUAUGAAUAUGAUGAAUAUGAUAAUUCUGUCAGUUAUUAGGGUAAUUGCUUGUGAACUAGACCCAAGACUAGUAGCUGAACUUCACAAAAGAGUUCAGGGCACCCCCAUAGCCAGUAAACUUCAAGUAAUGGUGGGUGACGUGUUAAAAGCAGAUCUGCCAUUCUUUGAUGCUUGUGUGGCAAACUUGCCUUACCAGAUAUCUUCUCCUUUUAUCUUCAAACUGUUGCUGCAUCGUCCUUUCUUCAGAUGUGCUGUACUUAUGUUUCAAAGAGAAUUUGCUCUUCGGCUGGUUGCAAAACCUGGAGACAAAUUAUACUGUAGACUGUCAAUUAAUACACAGUUAUUAGCACGUGUGGACCAUCUAAUGAAAGUUGGAAAGAAUAACUUCAAACCUCCGCCCAAAGUAGAAUCCAGUGUUGUAAGAAUAGAACCCAGGAAUCCGCCACCACCUAUCAAUUUUCAGGAAUGGGAUGGUUUGGUAAGGAUCACAUUUGUUAGGAAGAACAAGACAUUGUCUGCUGCUUUCAAGUCAAGUGCAGUGCAACAGCUGUUGGAGAAAAACUACAGAAUUCACUGUUCAGUCCACAAUACUGUAAUACCAGAAGAUUUCAGCAUAGCAGACAAGAUACAGCAGAUCCUAACCAGCACAGGUUUUAGUGACAAGCGGGCCCGUUCCAUGGACAUAGAUGACUUCAUCAGAUUGCUACAUGGAUUCAACGCAGAAGGUAUCCAUUUUUCUUAGGUAUCUGGAAGAUAAUUUUUAAAACAAACUGGACUUGGAUAUUUUUGAAUAAUUUGAAAUGAGCUUUCUAUAUGCUUAAGCUCCUCCAGGACUCUAUGUGCUUCGCUGUUUUUGGUACAGUUAUUACUGUUGUCACUUUGUUACUUCGAAUUUUUAAGAUGACACGUGGAUAUUAUGGACCCAGAGUUUUUAAUAUGGGCAGGGUCAAAGCUGUAAAUGAUAACUAACCUUCAGAUUCAAGAGCAGCAGACUUGCACAAUACUUAUGCUUGUCAGUUUAUUGUAUAAAGAAGUUAUUCUUGUAUUUUCUGUGUUAUAUAUCACUGUGAUGGUUGAUCUCUUUAGGCUAUGAGCUCUUCAUGCAUCUUAAAUGGCUCGUUAAAAGUAUACUAAACUUAGUCAUAUAUUACCCAUACCAUUUUUCUUGUUACUCAUAUCUAUAUAUAAUAAAAUGUUUCUUAAAAUGA